AUGAAACGCUCGUAUCAUUCACACGACGUCUUCGCAGUCGUUUAUGAACUUCGUCUGAUCCGUGACUGUUGGGUUGAACGACCUUCUGAAAGGCCCACGAUUGGUGCGGUGAAAUCGCUAAUGAAGGAUAUGAACACGGCCAGAAGCAACAAUCUGAUAGACUACGUCUUCAAUAUGCUCGAGCGGUAUGCCUCUACGUUGGAGGAAGAGCUGGUAGAGAGAACGAAAGAAUUAAUGCAAGAGGAGAAGAAGAGCGACGUUCUACUCUACAGAAUGCUGCCUAAAGAGGUAGCCGAAAAGCUAAAACUCGGUCAGUCUGUCGAACCAGAAACAUUUGACAGUGUAACGGUGUCCUUCUCGGACGUCGUGUCUUUUACGAAAAUCGCCGCUAAAUGUAAUCCUCUGCAGGUAUGUCACCGUUUUCACCAUUCUGUUCAGUAA